AGAAAACCCCCGCGCGCGCUCCGUCCUCGCAGACUAGGGACUUCCAUCCAUCCAUCCCUCCAACCGUCCUUCCCACCCUCAGCCCCAAACCAGAACCCGAAGUGUUUGAUGCACGAUCGGAGGCGAUGCUGGAGUCCGGUGGCGGCGGCGCGCGCGUGCUGAAGGAGGGCGCGCUGGAGAAGCGCAGCGAGGGUCUGCUGCAGCUGUGGAAGAAGAAGCGCUGCGUGCUCACGGAGGAGGGACUGGUGCUUCACCCACCCAAACACCACAGCCACGACACCGGCUGCAAGGCGAAGGAGCUGCACUUCGCCAACAUGAAGACGGUGGACUGCGUGGAGCGCAAGGGCAAGUACGUGUACUUCACGGUGGUGAUGUCCGAGGGCCGAGAGAUCGACUUCAGGUGCCCGCAGGACGAGGGCUGGAACGCGGAGAUCACGCUCCAGAUGGUCCAGUACAAGAACCGCCAGGCGAUCCUGGCCGUGAAGUCCAGCCGACAGAAGCAGCAGCAGCUGCUCAUGGUCUCCGCGCAGAAGAUGCUCCGAAACUCGCAGUGAGAGCCGUGGAGAUCCACGGACGUGUUCCCUCGCGAGCGGCGCUUUUUAUUAGUGUCACCUUGUGCACUUGGACGCGCGCGCGGACGCUCUUCAUGCACUGAAAGACAUCACGUCCGAAUAAGCACCGGGAAUAUCUCCUCCGAGACUGUACGGGGGGCCGGGGCAAGUUGUCACAGCGAGGGUCAGAGCCAAAAGUCAAUUUGCAUGAACGCUCGUAUAUUAUCCAGAUGUGGUUAUGCGACUUAAAUUAGGAUGGGUUCUGUGGAUUCUACCCUUCAAAAAGAACUGUAAUGAUUUUUUUUGGGUUAUAUGCAUUCUGUGAACGGUAAAACCAUGAUAAGAGUCAAAAACAUAGAAGGUGAUUUCAGAUGAAUUGGGAAAAAUGUCUCAAUUAUCGUGAAUGAGCUCCUAAUGAAAGUCGAUUUGAAAUUUCUAUUCAGGACAAGAGGAUUUUCCAAAAUUUUCAGGCUGGGGCAAGUUGUCACAUCAAAAAAAAAAAAAAAAAAAAAAUAUAUAUAUAUAUAUAUAUAUUUAUUAUUUUGUUGUUUUGUACAUAUUUGUUCUAUUUUGUUCAAUAAGUAAAAAUAUAUAUUGGCCUAUGUUUUAAACGUUUUUAAUCCCCCCCCAAAAAAAAAAUCAUUCAAAAAAAUGUUUUAUGUUCCCAUUGUGACAACAUGCCCCGCUAUAUGCAUUAAAUUAACUGUAUUUUAUAGAACGGAGUAGUCUAAAAGUUCAUCUGAUUUUAUUUUUUAGCAAAGACUUUAGAGUCUGAAAUGGACUGGUCGAAAAUGACACUGGAGUAUAAGGUGUGACAACUAGCCCCGUCUUGUAUGUCCAUGUGUUGUAAAUGUGAAACAUGUGCAGUGCGUCCUCGCUCGAACAGAAAUGCCACCAUUACAUCACUUUCCAUUUGAGCGCAGCUGCAUUUGUCAGUCUUGUGCGGCUCCGGACAUGUAAUCGAUAUCUUCCGGGGGAUCUGAAAGGCGCAAGGCCGGUGUGUAACGCUCCAGAUCGCAGUCUGUCGGGAUUUUAAUGAGACUCAUAAACGCAGUUCAGUUCAGUGUCAUUCACGGAGUCUCUCACUGGAGAUGCACAGCGUUUAAUGUGGCCAUGAAAUCAGUCUGCAUAUAUUUCUGUAUUUAUUUGUACAUUUUUUUUUUGUAACCUGUCAUUUACAUAUUUGAAUGCUGAAGUACACUUUUAUGCAUUUCAGAAUCUUAGAAUAAGCUUUUGGUGCAACUGGAUUGGAUGCAAGAUUCACAUUUGACCAAGUGCUUUUUCUUGUUAUUCAAACCAAAGAAUGUCAAAACAUUUUAUUGAGUGCAUCUACAUCAUGUUGACAUGACGUGACUCCUAUUUUGUUACGUUUCGCAGUUUUGCAGUCAUUGACUUUUGUUGAUUUAUGAGAAAUGUGUUCGAGCUGAUGUUUGCUUGUGUAAAAAUUGUGAUUUGUUGAAGGAACGGCAUUGUUCCCUGAGCUGAUGUGAAUGCCGCUUUCAUACCUUUUGAAAUAUACAUUCCAUUUUAAAUGAA